GAGAGAAAACUCUAGAAUCUCAAUCCCCUUUCUCCUCCUCCUCCGCCGCCGCCACCUCCUCCCCCACCGUCUCCGAUGGGGAAAUCCGGUGCCAAGAAGAAGAAACUCUCCAAUCCUUCCUCCGCCGCCACCGCCUCCUCCACCGAUCCCUCUCCUUCCCCUCCUCCCAAUGGUAUCCCCGUCACCGAUCCUUCCAUCUUCAUGAAGCGCGCCCUCGAGCUCAAGGAGGAAGGCAAUCGUCGUUUCCAAUCCAAGGACUACGCUGGUGCUCUCCACCACUACGAGCUCGGCCUCAAGCUCCUACCCAGAUCCCACCCCGAGCGCGCCGUCUUCCAUAGCAACCGCGCGGCGUGCCUCAUGCAAAUGCGUCCCGUCGACCACGAUGCCGUCGCAGCCGAGUGCUCCCUUGCUCUCCAGGCCCAGCCACGCUUCCCCCGUGCACUCCUUCGGCGUGCCCGCGCUCUGGAGGCUCUUGGCCGCAACGACCUCGCCCUUCAGGAUCUCCAAGCUCUUCUCGCCUCCGAUCCUUCCCAUUCCGACGCUCUCGACCUCUCCCGCCGCAUCCGCUCUGUUCUCUCCCCUCGCCCUGACGAUUCUCUUAGCCACCCCUCCCCCGCCGCCCUCGGCGCCUCCGCCGUCGGCUCCCCCAUCGCCGGUCUUGGCCCCUGCCUCCCCACCCGCCCCGCUACUAAGAAAUCCUCUCCUCUCACUUCCACUCCCACUCCCACUCCCACAACCACGGUUUCCAAAUCUCUCCCUAAUGGCCUUGAGCGUAGACUUUCCCAACCCCAAGCUGCUCCUAAACCACCCUCUCCAUCGGUUCCUCCGCAACCCCAAGCUGCUCCGGUUCUUGGGAAGAGUUCUUCAUCUGAUUCGCGUUUGUCUCCGAUCACUAGAUGGCGGCCUCUCAAGCUUGUUUAUGACCAUGAUAUAAGGCUUGCUCAGAUGCCGGUGAACUGCGGGUUCCGGGCAUUGAGAGAGAUCGUGAUGACUAGGUUUCCAGCAUCCAAGCAUGUUCUGAUUAAGUACAAGGAUGAUGAUGGUGAUCUUGUUACUAUUACCAGCACUGCAGAGCUCAGAUUGGCUGAAUCAUCUGUUGAUAGGAUGGGUUCUGAAGAAGGAGGAGGAGGAGGAGCAAAAGGUGUUUCUCGAGCUGAAGUGGAUGAGGGUAAUGUGCUCCGGGUGUUAAGGCUGCACAUUGUUGAGGUGAGUCCUGAGCAGGAACCUGCAGUGCCUGAAGAAGAGGAGAAGCUGGUGGAGGACGAGGGCUUGAUUAAGGUGGAUGAUGGAUCAUCGAAUUCUCCUUCAGAGGAUGGUAAGGCACUGGAAGUUGGUGAUGUUGAUAGUGUUAAGAAAGAGAUGGAUGAAGAGGUUGUGAAGGAGAAGAUUGGGAAGAAGGAGUGCAAUCAUGCAGAGUGCAAAGAAGUUGAGAUUGAUGAUUGGUUGUUUGAGUUUGCUCAGUUGUUCCGCACUCAGGUUGGCAUUGACCCGGAUGCGCACUUGGACUUGCAUGAGCUGGGGAUGGAGCUGUGUGCAGAGGCUCUUGAGGAGACAGUGACCAGUGAAGAUGCCCAGGCUCUUUUUGUGAUGGCAGCUGCUAAAUUCCAGGAGGUUGCUGCACUGGCUUUCUUCAACUGGGGAAAUGUACACAUGUGCGCAGCGAGGAAACGGAUUCCUCUGGAUGAGACUACCUCCAAAGAUGCCAUUGCAGCUCAGCUGCAUGGCGCAUAUGAUUGGGUGCGGGAAAGGUAUGAGCUUGCAGGACAGAAGUAUGAAGAAGCACUUCGGAUCAAGCCGGAUUUUUAUGAGGGUUUACUUGCAUUAGGGCAGCAACAUUUUGAAUCUGCAAAGUUGCAGUGGUCCUUUGCCUUGGCUAAUAAGGUUGACUUUACAACAUGGGAUUCUUCAGGCACAAUUCAGCUUUUUGACAGCGCAGAGGAGAAAAUGAAGGCUGCCACUGAGAUGUGGGAGAAAGUGGAAGCGCAGAGGACUGCAGAGCUUAAAAGCCCUGGCACUAGCAAAAUGGAGGAAUUACUGAAGAAAAGGAGAAAGCAUGCAGUGGGUGUGGAUGUUCAGGAGGAAGUAUCACCAGAAGAGGCAGCUGAACAGGCUGCUGUCAUGAGAUCUCAGAUACAUCUGUUUUGGGGUAACAUGCUCUUUGAGCGCUCACAGGUUGAAUUUAAGCUGGGGUGUGGAGAUUGGAAGAAGACUCUUGAUACAGCAGUUGAAAGAUUUAAGCUAGCUGGGGCUUCUGAAGUCGACAUCUCUGUGGUUCUUAAAAACCAUUCAUCCAAUUUGAUGGGCAUGGAAAACAAUGAAGCUCAUGUUGUGAAUCUAAAAAUGGAUUCUUCUGAAACAGAUUCCAAGCUUGAAAAUAAGCUUGUGGUGGAAAGUUGAUUCUAACAGCGCUUCCAUGAACUUCGUGUUGGAGGAUGUGCACAUGUAUGAUAUAUGUGCGCUUGGGAAUGGAAUGAUUUUCUAUUGAUCAAAUGGCUUGCCGUCUGAAAGUUCUAUCUAUUGUUGCUGCUUAAACUCCGGCAGCUGCAGUCAUGAAUUGUUUCCAAAAUGAGAAGGUUGGUACUCAGAUGUGCCAGGUGUGUACUUUUUGACUGUUUAAUCUAAAUUAUUUUGUGGAAGACCACGAGGACGACUUAACGUUUCCUGACAAAAAUGAUGGAUUUUUGUUCUGAUUGUAUGCAUUUCUGUUUUCAAUCAUUUUAUCCUUUUUCCCAAGCAAAACCUUGUUCUGGUAAUUGCAGUAGCUGUUACCACUUAUAUUAGGUCUUAAACCCACACAGCCGUGUUAUAUGUGAACAUCAGAUAAUUGUGAUAGAAUGUGUUUUGUGCUGUUUAGAUGUUGAGAUAGAUCAUUCCUCAUGGUGAAUUCUAUAAAAGUUUCACUUGCAUGAAUUAACUUUU